UUCUGUGCCCGGGUCGUCGCUGUUCCAGCAGCUCCCUCCAGCUCAGAGAACCGUGGACAAGAUGGCGGCGCUACGAGUCGCGGUGCGAUCGGGGAGUGGGAGAGCCCUCCUCAGCACGCCGAAAACUAUCCAGACGCCCAAGGCCAAUAUGUCCUUCGCCAGCCUGCCGCGCAGCCAGAAGGUUGCCCUUACAACGCUAGGUGUGGUCACAGCCGGCGGGGCAGGACUUGCUCUGAUGCUGCACCAGUCCGUCAAAGCCUCCGACCUGGAGCUCCACCCUCCUCACUACCCCUGGAGCCAUGCUGGACCUCUGUCCUCUCUGGACCACGCUAGUAUUCGUCGUGGUUACCAGGUGUAUAAGCAGGUGUGUUCAGCCUGCCACAGUAUGGAGUACCUGGCCUUCAGAAACCUGGUGGGAGUGUCGCACACAGAGGCUGAGGUUAAGGCCAUUGCUGAGGAGGUUGAGGUGGUGGAUGGACCUGAUGAGAGUGGAGAGAUGUUCACUCGGCCAGGAAAGCUGUCAGACUACUUCCCAAAGCCGUACCCCAACCCUGAGGCGGCCCGGGUUGCCAACAACGGAGCCCUGCCUCCAGACCUUAGCUACAUCGUGAAUGCGAGACAUGGAGGAGAGGACUACGUGUUCAGCCUGCUGACAGGAUACUGCGAACCUCCCGCUGGAGUGACAGUGAGAGAGGGACUCUACUACAACCCCUACUUCCCCGGCCAGGCCAUCGGCAUGGCCCCGCCCAUCUACAAUGAGGUGCUGGAGUAUGAAGACGGAACCCCCGCCACCAUGAGCCAGGUUGCCAAGGAUGUGUGUACCUUCUUGAGGUGGGCCGCUGAGCCAGAGCACGACCAGCGCAAACGCAUGGGACUCAAGCUGCUGAUGGGCUCAGCCAUCAUCGUCCCUCUGGUCUACUACAUGAAGAGACACAGGUGGUCUGUGCUGAAGAGCAGAAAGAUCGCCUACAGGCCUCCCAAGUAAAAGGAAACAAACACACCCCAGUCUGGGCCUAAAACCUACCAGAGAGGGCUGCGUUCAAUGACCCCACAACGCUCACCUCACGAUGAUCAUAUGGACACAGAACAACUGACAAACACACACAUGCCUUUCUAAGAGGGGGUAGAGAAAUAAGGGUACAUAUAUACUAUGUUUAUUCCUGCAGAAAAAUGCCUUUUUUUGGUUGUUGGCAUGGUAGAACCAAUUGUGUGACAGAUUUUGCUGUAACUGGAGUUUUGUGGUGCAAGUUUGUGUCGGGGAGUUGUGGUGUUCUUGAACGCACUCUCCACAAAGUUUGUUUGUUUGAUCUGCAUCGAGUCAUUGCUGGUAGCAGUUCAUGUCAUGACAUCUCGUAUCAGAAACUUUUUCACAAUUGACUGAUAAGUUGAUUGAUUGCCCGUCUUUGUAAGAUACUCAAUAACCACACGAGCGCAGAGAAAUGGUUGCCCUCAAAUUUUAUCCUGGGUGUGUUUGUAGAUCCAUCCUCCCCAGUCGUCUCCACGGAGUCACUCAGUGGAUCGAAUGCAACCUCUGAACUUCUGUUUUACUGUACAAAAUAAAUUAUGUUAAAGGAAA